AUGGCAAGAGAAGUGACUUUAUUGGAUGGAGGAUUCUCAACCCAGUUGGUGAAAUACGUUGAUGAAGCAGUAGACGGAGAUCCUCUUUGGACAGCGAAAUUUCUUGCAAAAUGUCCAGAAAAAUGUGCAUUUGUACACAGGGAUUUUGUGAUAGCUGGUUCAAACAUAAUAACAACGGGAUCUUACCAGUCUACAGUUGAAGGUUAUAAAAAUUACCUUAAUAUGGAAAAGGAGGAAUCCCUUGAAGUCAUAAGGAACUCUGUUCGGCUAGCAAGGAAAGGAAUAGAACUGGCACAACAACAAACAGGUGAAAAAUUUAACGUCCAAGUAGCAGGAUCAGUUGGUCCUUACGGUGCUUACUUACACGAUGGCUCAGAAUACACCGGCACUUACACGGAUAAAGUUACAACUGAAAAGCUCAUAGCGUUUCAUCGGCCAAGAGUGCAGGCUCUGAUCGAAGCCGGUGCGGACAUACUUGCUUUCGAAACUGUUCCGUGUUACAAAGAAGCCGAAGCGUUGAUAAAACUGUUAAGAGAAUUCCCACAUGCGAAGGCCUGGAUAUCGUUUUCAGUCAAGAAUUCAACUUCCGUCAGUAACGGCGAAAGCUUCCAACAAAAUGUACUCAAGUGUUGGCGAGAGUCGAAUCAACUGGUAGCCAUUGGAGCCAAUUGUUUCCAUCCUUCGUUGGUCGAACCACUGUUCAGGGACCUGAGGAGAAAUCAACCGGAUCUUCCAUUAAUAGUCUAUCCCAACAACGGAGAGAAAUACGAUGUUCACGCUGGAAGGUGGCUCAACUCUGAAAACUGUGUAAGUGUCGAGGCAUACGUCAAUGAAUGGAUAGACAUGGGUAUACCCUAUGUAGGAGGAUGCUGCAGAACUGACGACAAUGACAUACGAAGAAUGUCAUAUGAAAUUAAAAAGUGGGAAGAAAAAAACCUCGAACUUUAA